GUCCGGGCGCAGCGGGCCGGUUCGGCUGACCUGGAGCUUCUCCAGGGAAACUUACAAGUAGCCAAUGGCUGUCGAUAUUCAACCAGCAUGCCUUGGACUUUACUGUGGGAAGACCCUGUUAUUUAAAAAUGGCUCAACUGAACUAUAUGGAGAAUGUGGGGUGUGCCCAAGAGGACAGAGAACAAAUGCACAGAAGUAUUGUCAGCCUUGCACAGAGUCUCCAGAAUUGUAUGAUUGGCUCUAUCUUGGAUUCAUGGCUAUGCUUCCUCUUGUUUUACAUUGGUUCUUCAUUGAAUGGUAUUCGGGAAAAAAGAGUUCCAGUGCACUAUUCCAGCACAUCACCGCGCUGUUUGAGUGCAGUAUGGCAGCUAUCGUCACCUUACUUGUGAGUGAUCCAGUCGGUGUUCUUUACAUCCGUUCGUGUCGAGUACUGAUGCUUUCUGAUUGGUACACAAUGCUCUACAACCCAAGUCCCGAUUACGUUACCACAGUGCACUGUACUCAUGAAGCUGUCUACCCCCUCUACACCAUUGUAUUUAUCUAUUAUGCGUUCUGCUUGGUAUUAAUGAUGCUGCUCCGACCUCUUCUGGUUAAGAAGAUUGCCUGUGGACUAGGGAAGUCGGAUCGAUUUAAAAGUAUUUAUGCUGCACUUUACUUCUUCCCGAUUUUAACCGUGCUACAGGCAGUUGGCGGAGGCCUUUUAUAUUAUGCCUUCCCGUACAUUAUAUUAGUGCUGUCUUUGGUUACUCUGGCCGUGUACAUGUCAGCCUCUGAGAUAGAGAACUGCUAUGAUCUUCUGGUCAGGAAGAAAAGACUCAUUGUUCUCUUCAGCCACUGGUUACUUCAUGCUUACGGAAUAAUCUCCAUUUCCAGAGUGGAUAAACUCGAGCAAGAUUUACCCCUUUUGGCGUUGGUGCCCACACCAGCCCUGUUUUACUUGUUCACAGCAAAAUUUACUGAACCUUCACGGAUACUCUCAGAAGGAGCCAAUGGACACUGAAUAUAACAUGCCAAAAACAAACGAAAAAACCUAAGAAGUAUUCUUAAUAAAAAGUAAAGAAAUUAAAAAAAUGUAUAAGAUUGUCAGUAUAUCUUAAUGUUUUUGGUUGUUUGGUUUUUGAUUUAAGACUUUAUGGUUAGACUUGGAAAAUACAAAUACUAUAAUAUUUUGUUACAUAGUAUAAUACACUAGAUGCCAGAAACCUGUUGGGAAGCACUUAUCUCUUGCAACAAUUUAUUCUUUAGAGCAAAAUCAUGUUUCUGUGUACCUGGCCAUAUGUUAUUUCCGUUUUUAUUAAGAAAAACUUGAACAAGUAUCAUCUGAAGUCCUCAGCUUUGGCACAAUUGUGCAUGCCUGUUGUGUUUCAACUUGUUUUUCUAGUAUAAUGAAUUAUAAAGACACACGUACCUGUGGGGUCUCAUAACAAACAUGGAAAGAAGGUAUGUUGUUUUUUGUUAUCUGUUUAUUUUCACCAAUACAGUAUUUUGAUCCCUUACAAAAAUAGAGCAUAAUUUAUAUAACAGGUUUUCUCUUUACAGGUAGUUUGGUUGAACAUAUCCUCAGAUUAUUCCUGCUCCUGUAAAGAAAAACAAUAAUGAAAAGCUUAAUGACAAAAAGUCUCAAAUGUUCUGACAUUUGUGUUUGCCACACUAAUUAUGGAAAUUAAAAAUAUUAGGUAGUGAGGUUAAUGUCUGUUUCCCAAGUGAGUAAGUACAUGUGCUCACAUAUUCCCUUCCUCUUACAUCUCAUUUUUUAAAAAUUGAUUUUAGAGGAAGGGAGAGAGAGA